AUGCCCUCAGAUUUAGAUUCACACAGGAUUCAGCUGAAAAACGGGACGGAGGUGACCAUAUUUAUAUUAACAGGCUUCAGGGGUGACUUUGAGAUGCAAGUCUUCCUGUUUUUACUGUUUCUGGCAAUUUAUCUGUUCACCCUGAUAGGAAACUUGGGGCUGGUUGUGCUGGUGAUGGGGGAUUCCCGGCUCCACACCCCGAUGUACUAUUUUCUGAGUGUGUUGUCCUUCCUGGAUGCCUGCUAUUCCUCUGUUGUCACCCCCAAAAUGUUGGUCAAUUUCCUGUCAGAGAACAAGGCCAUCUCAUUUGUCGGCUGCGCCACCCAGAUGCUUCUCUUUGUGACUUUUGGGACCACCGAGUGCUUCCUGUUGGCCGCCAUGGCGUAUGACCGCUACGUGGCCAUCUACAACCCGCUCCUGUACUCGGUCAGCAUGUCCGCCAGGGUCUACGUGCCGCUCAUGGUGGCGUCCUACGUGGGGGGCAUCGUGCACGCCUCCAUCCACACAGGGGCCACCUUCAGCCUGUCCUUCUGCGCGUCCAACGAGGUCAGACACGUCUUCUGUGACAUCCCUCCUCUCCUGGCUAUUUCUUGUUCCGACACGCACAUCAACCAGCUCCUGCUCUUCUACUUUGUGGGCGCUAUCGAGGUCGUCACCAUCUUCAUUGUCCUGAUCUCCUAUGGUUUCAUCCUGUUGGCCAUCCUGAGGAUGAAUUCUGCGGAAGGAAGGAGAAAAGUCUUCUCCACGUGUGGCUCUCACUUGACUGGGGUGACCAUCUAUCACGGAACAAUCCUCUUUAUAUAUAUGAGGCCGAGUUCCAGCUAUGCUUUGGACCAUGACAUGAUAGUGUCGAUAUUUUACACCAUUGUGAUCCCCAUGCUGAAUCCCAUCAUCUACAGUUUAAGGAACAAAGAUGUGAAGGAAGCAAUGAAGAAAUUGUGGAGGGAAAUCAGUUCAUAA